CCGGGGCUGAGUGUCCCCCCCCACUGCAGAACUACAACUCCCAGCGUGCUCUGCGACCGCCGCCUUGUUGUGUGUCGGCUGGGAGGAUGGUGACAGCGGGAGGAUGGAGUCCGUUUUAUCCAAGUAUGAAAACCAGACCACUGUCUUAUCGGAAUACCUAGAAGAAUUUCCAGAAACAGAUGGGUCAGUGUGGAUCUUGGGAAGGCAAUACCACCUUAAGACGGACAAAUCUAAAUUAUUGUUGGAUAUAAGUGCUCGUCUGUGGUUUACAUACAGAAGAAAAUUUUCACCAAUUGGAGGCACAGGCCCUUCAUCCGAUACUGGCUGGGGAUGCAUGCUGCGAUGUGGACAGAUGAUGCUGGCACAGGCUCUGAUUUGCAGGCAUUUAGGAAGGGAUUGGCAUUGGGAGAGACACAAAAAACAACCUGAAGAAUAUCACAAGAUCUUGCGAUGCUUCAUAGACAGAAAAGAUUGCUGUUAUUCUAUCCACCAAAUGGCACAGAUGGGUGUAGGAGAGGGGAAGUCGAUUGGAGAAUGGUUUGGACCAAAUACAGUUGCACAAGUGCUAAAAAAGCUUGCUUUAUUUGAUGAAUGGAAUUCCUUAGCUGUUUAUGUAUCUAUGGACAAUACCGUGGUCAUUGAAGACAUCAAGAAAAUGUGUUGGUCCCCUCCUCAGAGCAGCAGUGCUGUACGUGGCAGCACGCUCUCACACAGAAGUGCUCUCAGUCAAAACAAGAACACAGCAGUGUUUUGCUCAGGCUGGAAACCUCUCUUGCUCAUUAUACCUCUACGACUAGGGAUAAAUCACAUCAAUCCGAUUUAUAUUGAUGCUUUUAAAGAAUGUUUUAAGAUGCCACAGUCUUUGGGGGCAUUAGGAGGGAAACCAAAUAAUGCCUACUAUUUCGUAGGAUUUUUAGGAAACCAGCUGAUCUAUUUAGAUCCUCACACCACUCAGAUUUUUGUAGAUUUGGAGGAAAACGGUAUGGUUGAUGACCAGAGCUUCCAUUGUCAGCAGGCCCCACAUCGAAUGAAGAUCAUGAAUUUGGAUCCCUCCGUAGCAUUAGGCUUCUUUUGUAAAGAAGAAAAAGACUUUGAUAACUGGUGUAGUCUUGUACAAAAGGAGAUUCUGAAGCAGCAGAGUCUUCGGAUGUUUGAGUUAGUCCAAAAUCAUCCAGCCCAUUGGCCUCCUUUCAUACCUCCAGCAAAACCAGAAGUGACAACGUCAGGAGCAGAACUUAUUGAAUCUACUGAUAAACUGUUUGAGUUGGAAGAAGAAUUUGAAAUCCUGAGUGUAUGAAGGAAGCUAUGGUGAUUCUUCUGUGCUGAACAUAUUGCAUUCACUUUAGAGAAACAGCCAUCAUUCUAGCCCACAAGUGCCUGAAAUUAUGGACAACAGAGUACAAAACCAUAGCAGUACCCAAAACUCAGACAGUGACAAUUUAACAAGAUUUUCCCUGGGUGGAAAGAGAAGCAAAGAUCCCAUUGUCAGACGCUUAAAGGGAAUCUCUGCUUCCAGCAUGCAUCCUAUUUGAAGACAAAUGGACCUUUUGAGAUGAAGGCAAAAACAGUAUAUUAAAGUAAAGACUAUGGUAUAUCACUGGGCUCUACCUUUGAAGAAAGGGAUGACCCAAAUGGAUAUUCUUGCUCUCGUAUGCAAAUGUGUAGUCCUUAAAGAAAGCAAAAUGGUGUUGAGUUAAGGGAGGAUGUUUACUUCUGUUCCCUCCUGUGGCUGCAUCAUAGGAAUAAAUUCAUCAUCUUGUUUAAAAGAUCAACUGGAUCAGGAGAAAAUUGUUUCCUUGUUAAAUAUUUUAACAUAUAUUUGAGCAACCACACUUUUUAUUACAACAAUGUUUCUGUAAAAGGAACUAUGUCUAAUGUAUAAAUUUGGAAUAGCCUUCCUGUUUCUGGGAGACCUAAAACAAACAGGAGACUCAAUUAGUUGAUAUAGAUCACGAUCACUGCUAUAGUUAUGACAUAUUUCACCUUGAACUUAAAACUUAGGUUGAUGAUUUUUGUUAAAACAACAAGUCAAAGGUGGUUUGUUUUAACUGUAUCUUAUUUAUUUUAAAAUAGAUUUAUUUACACAAGUUUCUCUGUAACAGCACUUUAUCUGUGCAUCUAAUAAAUUUCUUAAGCUUUU